AAGGGGCGCGCCGGAUUUCGAAACAAUGAAUCGAACCCACAGCGAUGCAUAGCUUAGAAUGGAUGCGCUGGUUAUCAUAUGGAAAUUAAACGAGAUGCGUUGUGGUAGGUUUGUAGAUAGCGGAAAUCGGUGAAGGUUUUGAUCGUAGAAGUCAGAUUUUCUUUUCUGUUGGUUCUACUAACGGGACCAGGUGUAAGUUCCCAAAUGUAUCGCUGUGCUAUUGAUGGUUCUUUAUAAAAAGCAGAUAGGAAAGACAGAAUGAGAAAGGCAUGGUGAUUUGCCGGGUUGCGCUAUCACUUGGAGCAAAAUGUGCUAGCUUUCUUCGAUCGGGGUUCAUUGAAAAGUUUAAGCAGAAUAAUUUGUUCGUCUGUAAGAAAGCCAUCUCGUUUGUAUCACGCGUCCAACAACUCAGAGCUGGACCAAUGAACUUCAAUACACCAAAUGACAAGAUAAUGCCGUCGGACAUCGACCAAAGGAUCUGUUGGAUAGAUAUGGAAAUGACGGGUUUGGAUCCAGAUAGGGACACCAUAAUGGAGAUAUCGUGCGUCGUCACCGAUAAGGACCUGAACGAAGUGGCAAGAAUUGAGCAGAUCAUUUUGCAUCAACCUGAAUACGUUCUAAAUGCGAUGGAUGAUUGGUGCAAGCAAAACCAUGGAGCAUCGGGUUUGACGGAAGCUUGCCUUAAAAGUAAAAUCUCUUUAAAGGAAGCCGAAGACACGGUCCUGGUUUUUCUCCAAAGGCACACAACUCCAAAAAAGGUACCACUAGGAGGCAAUAGUGUUCACGCGGACCGCCAAUUUAUUCGACGUUAUAUGCCGAAGGUUUACGAGCAUCUCCAUUACCGCAUCAUCGAUGUUAGCAGCAUCAGAGAACUCUGUAAAAGAUGGUAUCCAGAUGUGUCUGAGAAUGAACCUAAAAUAAAGAAGGCUCAUCGUGCAUACGAAGAUAUAAGGCAAAGCAUUCAGCAGCUUCAAUAUUUUAGAAAAACUUUAUUCAAGUAGGACCCAUUUGAUGUAUGAGAGAAAGUUGUAUUUUUCACAGAUAUGUAUGUUCUUAUAUGCUUCAAUAAAAUUAUUUGGCUUCUACUGGUGGAGUCGUAUUUU